AAUGAAGUAAAAAACCGUCCAGAUUUGGUCCGGCAGUGUUUCAACCCGCACAAACACAAACAAUGAUCUCCCAAUUGAUUGAUAACCGCAGGUUCUGGUUGAUGGGACAAUGUCCGGCCCUCUUCAGUUCAAAUCCAACCACCCACAAAUCUACUCGCGUCCCCCAAAAUGAGCUGUACCCGUCCCGAAUCAAUCCCGUUCCCCUCAGUUUGGCACCGCUUCCAGGCGAAGGCCCCGGAUAGCGACGCCGAAGUCACGUACGUGGUACAGGACUUGCCCGAAGAUCGGUUCGAGGAUGGCGUAGCAUUUAUGAGUCGUUUCUUUCCGCGCGACGAGCAGAUGAAUCAGGUACUGGGGCUGGCCAGCGAUUCCGUAGCGAUGACGGGCGUCGUUCAGCUGUGGCGCGAGAUGCUCAAGCUGAAGCUGUCGGUGGUUUGCUUCCGCGAGGGUUCGCCGGAGAUCGUGGGGCUGAACGUGCUGGGAGUGGCCUCGAAAGAGGAUCAGGUUGAUGAAAAGUUCGCGAGCGCCAUCUUUCAGACGAUCUUCGACACCAUCGGAUACGUAUCGCAGCAGGCUAAUGUGUUCCAGCGGUACGGCGUCGAUCGCUACCUGAACGCGAUGGGCCUUUCGGUGGAUCCGACCUUCCGGGGACGUGGAAUCGCUACGGAAAUACUGAAGGCCAGGGCGCCUCUAUGCCGAGCGGUGGGACUCCGACUAACGUCGACCUGUUUUACCGGGGCUGGUUCGCAGAAAGCCGCAGCACGCGCUGGUUUUCAGGAAGACUUCAGCAUCACUUACGGGGAGCUACGGGCGGUGGACGAGCGGUUCGUGUUUCCCGGAAUCGAACAGAAGCCAUGCAAAUACAUGAGUUUGAAGGUUGACUGAAAA